AUGUAUCGCCAAAAUUUUCUCUACGAUGAUCACUUCCAGUAUUUUGAGGAAUCACAAGAUUCCUAUAAAUUCGACCUGGAAAUAUUAAUGGAGGAUUUCAUUGCGACGCAAACUCACUCUAGGAUAGAAUCUAUUAUGGAAUGCUUUACACCUCUAGGACCAUUCCCUGAGAAACAUGCGGAUGUUGUAACAAUCACCAGUGAAAAAUCUACCGAAAAUUCUAAGAAGAGUGAUGAGGAUGAGGGUUCAGGUGAGAAAAGAGUAGAGAUUGAGAAAGAUCCACCGACACCACCCGAAAGGGAGGUUGUUGAAGAGGUAGAGAAGGAAGCAUUGUGUGUUGUUCCUCCUCCCUAUAAAUCACCAAUUCCUUUCCCGCGAAGGUCUGUGGAAGUUAAGGUAGACCCCAAAUCCGAAAGGUAUGAGGAGUUAUUGGAAAAUAUCCACACCAAUGCACCUUUAUUUGAGAUCAUGAGUAAGAAGAGAAAAUUAGAAGACUGUGAAACUAGGGAACUCAUUAGUAUUAAAAAGGGCAAGUUAGACUUUAAGGUGGUGGAUGAAAAAAUUGAACCCAAAUUUGAAAAGCUAGCUCUCAGGAUAGAGCCAGAACCACCACCAUAA